AGAAAAUUGCGACGUUGUAUUAGCCAUUGAUAUCCCACUUUUACUAUCCUCUAUUUCAUACAGUUUUUAGGCUUCGAGAGUGAGCGGAAGCAGAAAAUAAAAGGUUUCUUAACCUUUCCAGCUGACACAAGAGGAUAGAAGAGGGCUAUUAUCUAUUGAAAUGGCUGCGGUGAGAGAAGCUUUGCUAAAGCGCCUGAGGGUGAACGCAACAUCCCUGUCGCUGCUCCGUAACCCUAAACCUAGCCUUAACGGUCUCUUUGCUCUCACCUUCAACGCCGUCCAUCGUCGUUUUUCCGACGACGUCAUGGGCUCAUUUCUCGACAAAUCUGAGGUCACCGAUCGCGUCGUCUCCGUCGUCAAAAACUUCCAGAAAGUAGAUCCUUCCAAGGUUACCCCAAAUGCCCAUUUUCAAAAUGAUCUCGGGUUAGAUAGUUUGGACACUGUGGAGGUAGUCAUGGCCCUUGAAGAAGAAUUUGGGUUUGAGAUACCUGAUAAUGAGGCAGACAAGAUCAGCACUAUCAAUCAUGCUGUUGAGUUCAUUGCUUCUCACCCUCAGGCAAAGUAGAGUGAAAAGUAUAAACUCUUUUUCUUUGCUUUCACUUUGCUCAUGUGAGACAUGGAAACUACAUUGGAUAAUUCCCUAACCUCCACGCCUGGUCAAAUAUGCCUGUAGUGUCCUCUGAGUGUGUUAUUGAGGAGGAUUAGGAUUGUUUUGUAUAUUUACUGCUUCAAUGGUAUUGUUCCAAUUCAUAAAAUGCAACACAUUUUGGUGAGAAA